CCUCCAUCACUGGAGGAUCACUUCACCUCUUCAGCAGCCAACUAAUCAAACAGGGCGGAAAUGUAAAAGCUAAGAUGUUGAAUUCUUCGAGUCCAGCCCAGAAGAACCUCAGUGAAGAGGACAGCUCUGGAUCUGAACCGGAGACAGACCGCUUUGGCUUCAUCUUAACCAAUGGUUCCACAGCUGGGAGUUUGGGCCCGCCACCUGAACUGGUCAGGCAGAGGGAGGCCAAGUGGAUAAAGAUCAUUGACCAAUGGGAUCGCAUCUUGUCGAAGAAGAGCAGUAAGGUCAAAGUGCAGUGUCAGAAAGGAAUCCCUGCCUCGCUCAGAGCCAAGUGCUGGCCUCUGCUGUGCGGAGCUGCCAACAGGAUGAAACAGCAUGAAAACCUCUACGAGACUCUGGAUGAGCAGCCGGCUCUGCAGAGCUGGGUGGAUGUGAUUGAGAGAGAUCUGGACCGGCAGUUCCCUUUCCACGAGAUGUUCCAGUCCAAAGACGGACACGGGCAGCGUGGUUUGUUCCGGGUGUUGAAAGCUUACACCCAGUAUCAGCCAGAUGAGGGUUACUGUCAGGCUCAGGGGCCGGUGGCUGCAGUGCUGCUGAUGAACAUGCCUGCUCAGGAGGCCUUCUGGUGUCUGGUUCAGAUCAGUGAGCAAUACCUGCCCGGAUAUUACAGCCCUCUGCUGGAGGGAGUACUGUUCGAUGCGGCCAUGCUGACCUGGGUUUUGAAAAAGACGUGUCCAGCUGCACACAAACAUCUGCAGAACCACGGAGUGGAGCCCCUCAUGUUUGCCACCGACUGGCUGAUGUGUCUGUUCACACGUCACCUUCCAUUCAACACGCUUCUCCGAGUCUGGGACCUCUUCUUCUGCUAUGGGGUCCGGGUGCUGCUACAGGUUGCAGCGGUGCUGGUGCGCCGGGUGUUGGGUCGAGCUGAGCAGAGGAAGCAGUGUCAGGGCCAAAUGGAGACUCUGGAGAAGUUGAGGGGUGUUAAGGAGGAGGUCCACGAUGAAGAUGACGAAUUCAUAGCAGAGGUGUGCUCUGUGCCCCUGUCGGGUAAAGAUUUGGAAAAGCAGACGGAGAAGGAGCUGGAAAAGUGGAGGAAAGAAAAACCAUCGUCCACGUUUGACCCCAGAGGUCGCUGCCAUGGAUACCAGAAGGCGUGGGCUAGAGCUCGGCAGCAUGAAAUUGAGAAGGAGAGGAAAGAGAGACAGAAAGGGAACCUCUCUGUCCCACUAACUCGCUCAGCCUCCUCUCUCUCACUGUCUCCUUCCCUCCUUCACAAGAAGUGGAGGAAAGUGGGAAAAGGGAACACAGUUGACUCUGAAGGCAGUAACAAAGUAGUGAGGCAUCUUUCAAUGGGUGGAAGGGAGGACUGGAAAAGCUGGAAUGAGUUUGACUUUAAGAAGGUACAAGGAGUCAAAGAGGAGGAGGAUGUAGUUUCAGAGGGACAAAAAGAGGGACAAACUGAACAGAAGGAAAUUUCACAGACACCUGACAAGAUUCAAGAAAUCAAAAAUAUCCAAACAGAAGAAACAGCAGCGGGAAAAGAACAGACUGAAAACACGGAAAAAGGAGUUGCUGAAAUUGAGGAAAGCAGUGUCAAACAGACAGAAACAGGUGAUGUUAGAGAGAUGGAGAAAAGUGUUGUCAGGGAGACGGAGAUGAGUGUUGUCACAGAGAAAAGUGAUGUCAGGGAGACAGAGACAAGUGAUGUCAGGGAGACAGAGACAAGUGAUGUCAGGGAGACAGAGACAAGUGAUGUCAGCAAAACAGAAACAAGUGAUGUCAGGGAGACAGAGACAAGUGUAGUCAGGGAGACGGAGAUGAGUGUUGUCACAGAGACAAGUGUUGUCGGGGAGACAGAGAUAAGUGUUGUCGGGGAGACAGAGACAAGUGUUGUCAGGGAGACGGAGACAAGUGAUGUCAGGGAGACGGAGACAAGUGAUGUCAGGGAGACGGAGACAAGUGAAGUCAGGGAGACAGGGGAACACAAACUCAGUGAUAUGGAUGAAACCAAGCUGACUGAGAUAAAUGAAAGCAAAAUGCUUUCAGAACAAGAAGAAAAGAUUGCCCCAAAUCAGACUGUUGAAAAUAUUCUUCAUCCCCCUGAUUAUGCACCUCACUGUGAACAAGAAGAAAAGCUGGACGCAGAGAGUGAAUCACAAGUGCUAGAAGAACAAAGUCAUAAAAGCAAAGACCAGGAAGUAGAGCUCAAAGACACAAAUGAAGAGGCAGAGAAACACGUGGUUGCUGUGGAGGAAAACCACAGUGAGACACCGAGAAUAGCCGAAGCACAUACAAACACAGAGGACGAGAUGCAAAUAGGUGUAAACGCAGGCGAGGAGCAGAGGAUACAAGCUGACGUGAAAUCAGAAGAGAGUCCUGACACUGAAAGUGUGCAACAGGUGGAGAUGAACGCAGACGUUACGGAGUCUAAAAGUGAGACAAGUGUGGACACAGACAGAGGUGUUGAAGCUUUAACUGUUGAUGAUCAGAAUAGUGCAGCAGAGGCAGAAUCACGACAGGAAAAGGAAGAGCUGAUCAAGGAGACAGAAAAAGGUGCACUUGAAGUAAAAUACCACAGUACUGAGUCAUUAGUACAAACAGAAAAGGAAGCAGAGUCCCACACCCAAAGAGACACAGAAAAUGAGGUUCUGACACAUAAUCAGGAAAAUUCAGCCACACAGUGCGAUAUAAAGGUAGAAAUUAAAGAAGUCGAUUCAGAACAACAAGUAGAUUCAAAGACAGAAAUGGAGCAAGAAGAAGAAAUAUUAAUGCUGUCUUCAUCUGAAUGCACUCAACAAAAAGAAAGCACUGGUGCAGUAGAUGAUACAGAGACUAAAGCUGAGAUAACAGUCGGAAAAGACACAGUGGAGGCGUCAAAUAAGGCAACAGAAGAAAUUAUUUUGAAUGUACACUCGGAGGCACAGGUUGAAAGUGAUUCAUGCAUCUAUACUCAAAAAAUCACAGAGGAAACACCAACAGAAACUCAGACUUAUGAGAAGCCUGCAGACUCUGCAACACCCAUGGAAACGGAAGAGUCUGCAGCACCAGCUGAUCAGCUCAACCACACCAGUGAGCCUGAUGAGGAGAGUUCAGUACAAAUUAGUACCUCUGAGACAAAAGCACCUGAAGAGACAACAAGCCAGGUUACUGUGGAUCCUGAAGACUCAAAUCAAAAGGUUCAACAAGUGGAGCCCACGCAGGAGGAAGAAAUUACUGAAAAGAUUAAACAAACUCCAGCAGGAGAGGACGAUGUCUUCAUUUCUUCUGAGCCAACAAAUGUUCCCCAAGUCCAAUGUUCUCAAUCUGCAAAAGAGCCCCCGGUACAAACCCCUGAGCGUCGCAGCAGUCGAUCAUCUGCUGAUUUCUGCGUUCGCAAGUCAUCCACCUCACGUAGCUCCAGGCUAGCCCGCAGGCUUUCCGAGGAUCUCUUCACCACCCCCCAGAAAACUUCAGAAAAUCAACCAGAAGCCAAACUCACAGAGUCACAGUGCAAUCCUAAAGCUGUGACCUCAAAACAAGCUGCUCCUGAUCUGUUGCCGCCUGCAGCAGCAGCAGCAGCAGCAACAACAACAGAGGAAGCCCCCACACAGCAGCAGCCACAGCCCGACACCCCUAAACGUUUUGGUCUCUUCCGCAGACUGAGAGGUGAGCAUCACAAAGACAACAAGGCUAAGAAGGCACCCAAAAUGCAAGUGCCGAAAAUCUUGAUUCAAGACUUCAGUGAUAUGCCAGGGACUGGGAAUGCAGCUGAGGAAGAGGCGGAGGACAAACUGAACUCCAAGGAGAGGAGGCGGCGGCGGAGGGAACAAGAAAGAAAGGAGAAGGAAGAUACUCCAGGUGUCUUUGUUUAA